AAUGGCAGCGCUGUGAGGAGGGGGAGCGGGGCAGGGACUGCAGCCUCAGGACACGGAGGAAGGAGGGAGGCCGGCCGGCCGGCUCAGCUGACUCAGGCCUCUGCUGCCAGAUUAACACUAAAUCCCCACAAUGUCCCUGAAACCACGAGUAGUUGAUUUUGAUGAAACAUGGAACAAACUUCUAACAACAAUUAAAGCUGUUGUAAUGUUGGAUUAUGUUGAAAGAGCGACAUGGAAUGACCGCUUCUCGGACAUUUAUGCUUUAUGUGUGGCCUAUCCAGAACCUCUUGGAGAGAGACUUUAUACCGAGACUAAAUUUUUUUUGGAAAAUCAUGUACGCCAUUUGCACAAGCGUGUUCUGGAAUCUGAAGAACAAGUACUGGUUAUGUAUCAUAGAUACUGGGAAGAAUACAGUAAAGGGGCAGACUACAUGGACUGUUUAUACAGGUACCUCAACACACAGUUUAUUAAGAAGAACAAAUUAACUGAAGCUGAUCUUCAGUAUGGCUAUGGAGGUGUGGAUAUAAGUGAACCACUGAUGGAAAUAGGAGAGCUAGCACUUGAUAUGUGGAGAAAAUUAAUGAUUGAGCCACUGCAGGCCAUCCUCAUUCGAAUGCUCCUCCGAGAAAUCAAAAAUGAUCGCUGUGGAGAAGACCCAAACCAGAAAGUAAUCCAUGGGGUUAUUAACUCCUUUGUUCAUGUUGAACAGUAUAAGAAAAAAUUCCCCCUAAAGUUUUAUCAGGAAAUUUUUGAGUGUCCUUUUCUGAAUGAAACAGGGGAGUAUUAUAAACAAGAAGCUUCAAACUUAUUGCAAGAGUCAAACUGCUCACAGUAUAUGGAAAAGGUUUUAGGUAGAUUAAAAGAUGAAGAAAUGCGAUGUCGGAAGUACUUACACCCCAGCUCAUAUGGUAAAGUAAUUCAUGAAUGCCAGCAGCGAAUGGUAGCUGAUCACUUGCAGUUUCUGCAUGCAGAAUGCCAUAAUAUCAUCAGACAAGAGAAAAGAAGUGACAUGGCAAAUAUGUACACUCUGCUUCGUGCUGUGUCAAGUGGUUUACCUCAUAUGAUUCAGGAACUACAAAACCAUAUCCAUGAUGAGGGCCUUAGAGCAACCAGCAAUCUUUCUCAGGAAAAUAUGCCAACUCAGUUUGUGGAGUCAGUUUUGGAAGUACAUAGUAAAUUUGUUCAACUUAUCAACACCGUUUUGAAUGGUGACCAGCACUUUAUGAGUGCCCUUGACAAGGCUCUAACAUCAGUAGUAAACUAUAGGGAACCCAAGUCAAUCUGCAAAGCGCCUGAGCUGAUUUUGUUUUGCUUUUUGUUUUUUUUACUUGAGCUGGCCAAGUAUUGUGACAACUUGCUGAAGAAAUCAGCCAAAGGAAUGACAGAGAAUGAAGUAGAAGAUAAACUUACAAGUUUCAUUACUGUUUUCAAAUACAUUGAUGACAAAGACGUUUUCCAGAAGUUCUAUGCCAGAAUGUUGGCAAAACGAUUAAUUCAUGGUUUAUCUAUGUCUAUGGACUCUGAAGAAGCCAUGAUUAAUAAACUAAAGCAAGCCUGUGGUUAUGAGUUUACCAGCAAGCUCCAUCGAAUGUAUACAGACAUGAGCGUUAGUGCUGAUCUCAACAAUAAAUUCAACAAUUUUAUCAAAAACCAGGAUGCCAUUAUAGAUUUGGGAAUUAGUUUUCAGAUAUAUGUUCUACAGGCUGGCGCAUGGCCUCUAACUCAGGCUCCUUCAUCAACAUUUGCAAUUCCUCAGGAACUGGAAAAAAGUGUACAGAUGGAAAUUACUGUUAGAUGUGGAUGCUUAAGCUUUAGAAGAAUCUACUGGUAAUAUGAAGUACCCACUGCCUAUUUAGACUGGGAACUGGAUUCCAAGAAUCUUCUAGAGAGCCACCUCAGUUACAAGAGCCAUG